CUGGUAGCUCUCGGCUCGCGGUUCUCGACUCUCGUCUCGGCUCGCGAUCGACAGUUUACCGCGAACGCUCGAGGAGGCGACGCGUUUUCCUUUCCGGGAUCGUCGACGAUAUGCGAGCGGCCGGUGCUCGUCGGACGACCCGAUCGAGUUCGCCGAUCUCGGACCAACCGACAGCCAAUUUCAGGACAAACAUGGUUCUCGACGAAGACGUUUCGGUGGAUCGACGUUGAGAGGAGCGAGGCGAGACGAGGCUGGGCCGUCGAAGGCGAAGCACCGUCGAAGCGUACGCGUUCCUCGGCUCGCGGAGGCGACAUGAGCGUCGAGACUCUCGCCGCGGGGCUGUUGCUCGCGGGAAUCGCUGGAUUCGCGGGUCCGAUGGUCGAAGGAAUGAACACGCGCAGGGAGAACUGCGGCGACGUCUGCCCGGUCACCGAAUACUGCAACAAGCACAACAACCUGUGCACGCCGUGCUCCAACAUCUGCGACGAGGACAACUACCUGGAAAAGGAGUGCAACGCUUAUUGUCGAGUGUACCUGCUGGCGCGCGUCGAACGCCAGUACGAAGAUCUACGAAGUGAAGUGAGCAGGUUGCAGAACUUUUCGACGGCGGCGAUCGCGGUGGCCUUCGUCUCCCUGGUCGCGGUCGCGUGCCUGUUCGCGAGCAGGUUCGUCGAAUGGAAAACCGUCGGCGGCGCUUUGCGCCGACCGUUUUCCGGGGCAUGGCGCAAGAAAGCUACGGCGAACAAGAGCAACAAUCACGAGAACAACAACAAGACCACGGAGGACGCGGAGUCGGCCGGUUACAACAGGCGAAACGGUCCUAAACUGGUGAUGCCGACGAUCAGCGCGACCGUGGCUCCGGCCCGAGAUCCAGGCACCGCGAUCGGGAUCGAGAAUCGCAUCGAGAAUCGGAUCGACAAUCGGAUCGACAAUCGGAUCGAGAAUCGGAUCGAGAAUCGAGGCGGAAGCCGAGCGAACGAUCAGACUGGAAAUCGGAGCGGACAGGGACAGGGACGCGCGAACGAGGCCGGAAGCUGCGCCGCGGCCGAUAACGGCACACCGAACACGACCACCACCACUCUCUCCCUGUCCGGAAGACACCCGAGCGAGGACACCACCCUGGACUACGCCUACGACAAUCCCGCCAUGACACCCAGUCCAGUGUCCGUUCAAGUCCGGAGAGAUCGCGAGAGUUCGUUUUGACUUUGAAGCCGAAGGGGCGGUGGUAUCGAGACCGAUACGGAAUUGUAAAUAGCGCGUAGUUAGAUGCGAACCGAACAGCGUACGGAUAGCGUAAGUUCGAGCAGUCCUUAUCAAUUGUUCCGUCCAUGAACGCGAAAGGCCUUCGGAGCGAAGUCUCGGCGACGACGCGCUUCGCAUAUAGGUCGGCUCGGUUCGGCGCGGGCACGGAUCGGACGUCGACGUCCUUCUUCGUCGACGCGGAACGCGCAGCUUGGCUCAACUCGUCUGCUCAACGCUCGAUCUCGAUCGACUUUCGUCGAGAUCCCCCCUCUCUCGUCUUUCGAAAUUCUGCGCGUUCCGCGUUCCGUCUGGCGCGCGCGAACCCUCGCCGUCCUUAGGAUAAGUUACGUUUAGACCGAAUUUGCACCGGAUCCAUCGAUCGUUUCCGAUUCUUUUCGUCGUCGCACGGGAAGAGUCGACGUCUUCCAAAAGCGAGAACUCGUCUCGAGUUCCCGGAAGAAUUAUCUUAUCGUAGGCGUUGACCUUUCGCGGGUAUUUAUUACGUUUUAAGCCGUUGUCUCUUCUUUAUCUGUUGUCGAUUGCGCAGAAACAGUGUUCCGUUUGAAAUCUAGAAAUACACGAGAGCGCGCACCUGUCCGAAAA